CAUCUGGCCACACUCAAUCAGCUCGCGUCCAAAAGUGUACUCACUUGGUUUGUUUUUUUCUCGGCUAAGCACCACCGACAUAUUCGAGAGCUAUUGUCUGAUCCGAUCUGAUCCGUUUUCGGAUGAUAGCUCUGAGCGCGCUGUUGACCAAAUACACGAUCGGUAUUAUGAGCAAUCUAAGCAAUGGCAGCAACAACAACCAGCAGCAGCAACAGCAGAACGGGCAGCCACAACAAAUACAAGGAAAUGAGGGGGGAGCGGGGGCGGAGUUUGUGGCACCACCGCCCGGAUUAGGUGCUGCUGUGGGCGUGGCAGCCAUGCAACAGCGACAGCGACUGCUGCAGCAACAACAGCAGCAGCAGCAACACCAGAAUCCUGCCGCCGAAGGAAGUGGACUGGAACGGGGCAGCUGUCUUCUGCGAUACGCCAGUCAGAACUCCUUGGACGAGAGCUCACAGAAGCACGUUCAACGGCCAAAUGGCAAGGAGCGCGGCACAGUGGGUCAGUACAGCAACGAUCAGCACACAACGCGGUCCUUCGACGCCAUGAACGAGUUGAGAAAACAAAAACAGCUCUGUGAUGUGAUAUUAGUGGCCGAUGAUGUGGAGAUCCACGCCCACCGAAUGGUGCUGGCAUCCUGCAGCCCGUACUUCUAUGCGAUGUUCACCAGCUUCGAGGAGUCGCGGCAGGCGAGGAUCACGCUCCAGAGUGUCGAUGCCAGGGCUUUGGAGCUGCUCAUUGAUUACGUUUACACAUCCACCGUGGAGGUGAACGAGGAUAAUGUGCAGGUUCUUCUCACGGCCGCCAAUCUUCUACAGCUCACGGAUGUUCGCGACGCCUGCUGCGACUUCCUGCAAACCCAGUUGGAUGCCAGUAAUUGCCUGGGCAUCCGGGAGUUCGCCGAUCUUCAUGCCUGCGUGGAGCUCCUCAAUUACGCAGAGACCUACAUCGAACAGCAUUUCAACGAGGUGAUCCAGUUCGAUGAGUUUCUGAAUCUCUCGCACGAGCAGGUCAUCAGCCUGAUUGCCAACGACCGGAUUUCGGUGCCGAAUGAGGAGCGCGUCUACGAGUGCGUGAUCGCCUGGCUGCGCUACGAUGUCCCCAUGCGGGAGCAGUUCACCUCGGUGCUCAUGGAGCACGUCCGCCUGCCCUUCCUGUCCAAGGAGUAUAUCACCCAGCGCGUGGACAAGGAGCUCCUCCUCGAGGGCAACAUCGUGUGCAAGAAUCUCAUCAUCGAGGCAUUGACUUACCAUCUGCUGCCCACUGAAACGAAAUCCGCUAGAACGGUGCCCAGAAAACCCGUGGGAAUGCCCAAGAUCCUGCUCGUUAUUGGCGGACAAGCACCCAAGGCUAUACGCUCCGUGGAAUGGUACGAUCUGCGCGAGGAGAAAUGGUACCAGGCCGCCGAAAUGCCCAACCGCAGAUGCCGCUCCGGUUUGAGUGUCCUGGGCGAUAAGGUCUAUGCCGUUGGAGGCUUCAAUGGCUCGCUGCGAGUGCGCACUGUGGAUGUCUAUGAUCCCGCCACGGAUCAGUGGGCCAACUGCAGCAACAUGGAGGCCAGGCGAUCCACCCUGGGCGUAGCUGUCCUCAAUGGCUGCAUCUACGCAGUGGGAGGAUUCGAUGGCACAACGGGUCUGUCGAGUGCCGAGAUGUAUGAUCCCAAGACUGACAUCUGGCGGUUUAUCGCCUCCAUGUCCACGCGUCGCAGUUCCGUUGGUGUGGGUGUGGUUCAUGGACUUCUAUACGCUGUUGGUGGCUACGAUGGCUUCACGCGUCAGUGUUUAUCAUCAGUGGAGCGCUACAAUCCGGAUACGGACACCUGGGUGGCGGUGGCGGAGAUGUCUUCGCGGAGGAGCGGCGCUGGGGUUGGAGUACUGAAUAAUAUCCUGUACGCUGUGGGUGGACACGAUGGUCCCUUGGUCAGGAGAUCCGUAGAGGCGUACGAUUGCGAAACGAAUUCGUGGCGUUCGGUGGCUGAUAUGUCCUACUGCCGGCGAAAUGCGGGAGUGGUGGCCCACGAUGGCCUGCUCUAUGUGGUCGGUGGCGAUGAUGGCACCUCGAAUCUCGCCUCCGUGGAGGUCUACUGUCCGGACUCGGACAGCUGGAGGAUACUGCCUGCGUUCAUGACCAUCGGUCGCAGCUACGCGGGCGUGUGUAUGAUCGAUAAGCCCAUGUGAAUGGAAGAGCAGGGUGCAUUGGCCCGACAAGCGGCUUCGCUGGCCAUCGCACUGCUGGAUGAUGAGAACAGCCAGGCGGAGGGCACGAUGGAGGGCGCCAUUGGUGGUGCCAUCUACGGCAAUCUGGCGCCGGUUGGAGCGGCUGCAGCGGUUGCAGCCCCAGCUGCGCCGGCUCAAGCUCCCCAGCCGAAUCAUCCGCAUUACGAGAACAUCUAUGCGCCCAUUGGCCAGCCAAGCAAUAACAAUAACAACAACAAUAGCGGUAGCAACAGCAAUCAAGUUGCAGCCGUCGCCAAUGUCAAUGUCAAUGCCAAUGCCCCUGCAAAUGCCGAAGAAGUUCAGCAGCAACAGCCACCAGCGCCAACUGAAGCCAAUGCCAACAACAAUCCACAACCACCAACAGCACCAGCACCAGCACCACCAUCACAACAACAACAGCAACAACAACAAGCACAGCAACAACAACAACAGCCACAACAGCAACAACAACCACAACGCAUACUGCCCAUGAAUAACUAUAGAAACGAUUUAUACGAUCGAUCUGCAGCGAGUGGAAUCCUUGGAUCGAGUUCUGCCGCCGCCUACGAUGUUCCGAGAGCCGUGAGAUCUGGCCUUGGAUAUAGACGCAACUUUCGCAUAGAUAUGCAGAAUGGAAGUCGCUGUGGAAAUGGACUACGCUGCACUCCGCUCUACACAAACAGUCGCUCUACCAAUUGCCAACGUCAGCGCAGCUUCGACGACACGGAAUCCACGGAUGGCUAUAAUCUGCCUUACGCCGGAGCAGGAACCAUGCGGUACGAGAACAUCUAUGAGCAGAUUCGGGAUGAGCCGCUCUACCGCACAUCUGCUGCCAAUCGAGUGCCGCUCUACACACGUCUCGAUGUCUUGGGUCACGGGAUCGGAAGGAUUGAGAGGCAUCUAAGCUCCUCCUGCGGAAACAUCGAUCAUUACAAUCUGGGAGGACACUACGCUGUUCUGGGACACUCGCACUUCGGAACAGUGGGACACAUUCGACUGAAUGCCAAUGGUUCUGGAGCAGGAUCAGCCGGCGGAGCGGGAAGUACCACCUGCAAUGUUCCCAAUUGCCAGGCUUACAUGGGAGGAGCCAGUUCUGCUGUUCCCGUGGAGUACGCCAACGUAAAGGUUCCUGUGAAGAACAGUGCCUCCAGUUUCUUCAGCUGCCUGCAUGGCGAAAACUCGCAGAGUAUGACGAAUAUCUACAAAACAUCUGGAGCAGCAGCUGCUGCCAUGGCUGCCCAUAAUUCCCCAUUAACCCCAAAUGUCUCCAUGGAGCGGGCAUCCCGUUCCGCUUCGGCUGGCGCAGCUGGAGUUGCAGCAUCUGUGGAAGAUCAUUCCCAGGCGGAUAAUAUUCCAAGCUCAUCGAGUAGCAAUACCAAUCGAACAACGGGUGCCAUUCCAAAGGUCAAAACGGCCAGCAAGGCGGCCAAAGAGUCUGGCGCAUCCUCCACAGCUGCAUCGCCAGUUUUGGACAAAACCAUAUCCACGGGAACUGGAAAGAGUGUUACUUUGGCCAAGAAAACUUCCACGGCACCAACACGUUCGAGUUCUUCCGGAGAUGCCAAUGGAAAUGGAACUUUGAAUCGCAUCUCGAAAUCCAGUUUGCAAUGGCUUUUAGUCAACAAAUGGCUGCCACUUUGGAUUGGCCAAGGACCCGAUUGCAAGGUGAUCGACUUCAACUUUAUGUUUUCCCGAGACUGCGUAAGUUGCGACACAGCUUCAGUGGCUUCUCAGAUGUCGAAUCCGUAUGGAACUCCCCGUCUGAGUGGUCUUCCCCAGGACAUGGUGCGAUUCCAGAGUUCCUGCGCUGGAGCUUGUGCGGCAGCUGGAGCUGCUUCAACUAUGCGAAGGGACACCGCUUCGUCAUCUCGCCCACUGCACAGCACUUUGAGUCGCCUGAGAAACGGAGCGGAGAAAAGGAACCCAAAUAGAGUGGCUGGAAACUAUCAGUAUGAGGAUCCCUCGUACGAAAACGUUCACGUUCAGUGGCAGAACGGUUUUGAGUUCGGCAGAUCCCGUGACUACGAUCCAAACUCCGCAUAUCACCAGCAGCGUCCCAUGUUGCAAAGGGCCAGAUCGGAGAGUCCCACAUUCAGCAAUCAGCAGAGGCGUAUUCAGCGUCAGGCGGCCCAAGCUCAACAACAGUCGCAGCAGGCGAAGCCUCCAGGAUCCCCGGAUCCCUACAAGAACUACAAACUGAAUGCGGAUAACAACAGCUUCAAACCAAAACCAUCGCCCGCCGAGGAACUCGAGGGAGCUGUUGGUGGUGCAGUGGCUGAGAUUGCUCCUCUGGAAAUGGAAGCCGAAGCCGCAGAUCCCGUGAACUUGAGUGAUAAUGAGACUGAGACAAACAGCAGUCAAAACAACCCUCCUGGGACUUCAAGCAGCAGCAAUGUCACCGAGCAUAAUGAUUAGAAAUGGGCAAAAUAAGUUGGUUCUGGCAGAGCAGCGUUUAAAAUGUUAGUCUAUCUCUGAUGUGAAAAAUACCAUUUACAAUUUUGUACGAUUUUAUACGGAAACCUAACUGGGUUUUGUGUUUGUUUAAUGAAAAGUGAUACCAGUUUAUAGCUUUUAUAGUAAACACGUUUGUUUUUACUUAGGUGUUCAGUUAGAAAUUCGCAAUGUUCAAAUAUUUUUCACUCAGAGAGGCUUGCCAGUUUUUUGUGUUUUCCAAAAACAAUAUUCGACCAACGCUGCUCUUCAAAAUUAGAUCUCAGAAAACAAUAACAACAAAAUAGGAUCGACCAAAAAAAAUCGAGCAAAUUAAAAUUACAUUUUUAAAAUCAAAAACAAAACACUUAAACAUUGUAGAAUUUGAUAUUAACAUAGAAACGGGCGACUUUGUAUAACCAGCCAAAGCUCAAGAUUGAAUAUUAUGUUGCAAACUGUAGUCGUAGUUGGAACAAGAAUUUUUGUGUGUCAUGUGAAGUUAUAGUUAAACCUAAGAGCCAUAUCAUAUCACGUUCUCCGUAACCAUUUUAAUAAGCAAUAUGCAUUUUAUAUGCUAGUUCCGUUUCAUUAUCCACUGCCUACUCCAAUUUCCAAUACACAUUGGCAUUUACAACUCGCACCUGCUUCGUUUGAGUAUGUUAAGUUAUGGCUUUAAAUCGAAACAAUAAUAUUUAGCUAACUACUGUACAAGUUCUCCAUUAGAAAUCUAUUGUUUAAGUCAAUUAGAGUUACAGGUAUUAUUUACAUGCAUAUAUAUACAAGCGCAUAUACAAUACUCCAAGAUCGGUACAUAAUUAAUAUAAUCAUACUUACAUGUGUAUUGAGUUUAACUAAUUCAUAAUAAAAUAGUUCAACGAAACGAAAAGCGA